AUGUCUACCAAAACCCCCAUCCUGACCGAUAAAGCCCCCAAGCCCUUGCCGGGUAUCUACUCCCAGGCCAUUGUCGCCGGAGGCGUUGUCUACUGCUCUGGCGCAGUGGCCAUGGACCCUGAGACAGGAAAGAUUAUCGAUGGAGAUGUCAAGGCUCACACGCACCAAUGCAUUAAAAACCUGACCCAUAUCCUCGAAGCCUCCGGAUCGGAUAUCAACAAGGUCGUCAAGGUCAAUGUGUUCUUGUCUGAUAUGGAUAACUUUGCCGAUAUGAAUUCGGUUUAUACGCAGUACUGGGGUGAUGUUAAGCCAUGCCGGACAUGCGUUGCCGUCAAGACGCUGCCUUUGAACACCGAUGUGGAGAUUGAGUGCAUUGCGACGCUAUAA